AUGCACCGUUUCCGAUUCCUCUUCUCCGGCUUCAUUGCCCUCUUCUUCUUCUUUAUUUCGAUCUUAAUGACCACUACCCUCUCUUCAAUGUCGCUUCUCUACAACCCUAUAAAUACUGUUGCUGGGCAGCGCAGAUCUCCGUCUGCUUCGAAAAUCGAAAAUCGCAAAGAUCCUCCCACAUUACCGAUACCAUGGCAUCCAAAGCUCAGUCUCCUUCUGCCCAGUCCCAGACCUUCCAAGUUCUCGGGGAGAUUGAUGGCCAAUUAUGCAACGACGAGGUUGUCGUUCGUCUAG